AACAGAUGGAUCCUGAAUGACAAGUGAAAUUAAACUCAGUGAAUAUCCUCUGUAGUUGUAAAACACCAGGACAUCCAGAAAUAAAUCGGAAUAAGUUUUUUUUAUCUAAAACUGGUAAACUUAUAAUGGAGAUGGAAGAGCCGGCGUGAGUAAACAUUUUAUUCUGAGGUAAAUAAUAGAGUACAUAUAUAAAUCAUCUGUAUAUAUGAAUACAUUCAAUUAUAUGAAUUGAAUAUAGAUCUUCAUUGAGUGCUGAGUGAUAUAAAAUGGUUAUUGCAAUAAUCAUUAUGUGUUAUAAGCCUAUCAAUGCAUGGCCAUACCGUGUAUAUACUAAAGCCGUAUUAAUAACAAAGUUGGAAGUGGAUAUACACUCAAGUUAGUUUCCUUCAAACGAAAGUAGUAUUGUUAUCAUAUAGGACUGAAAAAAUUUAAAAAAAAAGUUUAUUAAGUUUUCAAUGCUCUAAGACAAUAGACUACUGACAACACACUCAUGGCCACAAUUCAUUGCUGUUGGAAACAGCGACUCGUGUAAACAUCAUUGUAUAAAACUGAAAACAUUCAAAUAAAAUUAAAAACAAACUCGCGGCUGUGUGUGUGUGCAGUUCCGGCAAAUGCUUUGUCGGCGAGGGUAUUUGUGGUCACUUAUAUAUAAUCAUAUUAUCAGCAGUAAUUUGAUAUAUGUCCUCGCGUAAAGCCUGCCUAACGUCCCGACAAAGGGCCCGUUCACUCAAAACGUCGAACUACUGUAUGUAUUUUUCAUAUAUAGUUGUAUCCCUAUCAAAGGGAACAUAUAUUUAACGUAGCAUAAUAAAUUAAUAACUCACAUUCACUGCGAAUGUAGCAGGAACAUUUUUCAAACUUCUAGUAAUUUUAAACAACUUUUGAACAUACUGAAGAGCUUGAAUAGCCUAACGGAAAUCGACGAAGCAGAAAAAGUUAGUUGAACUUUACAUCUCGUCGCCUGUAUAAUAUCGUGUAAAGUGAAACUCGGAGUUGCGAUUUUGCUUCAACAAUAAAUGUAUAUUUUUUGUAUAAAUUCACAUUCGGAAAUUUCAUCUAAAAAAACAUUCUACAAUUUACAGUUAUAUCGAGUGCAGAUGCCCCAAAUUCUAAUAUUUUGUUAAUUUCAAUUUCUAAAUCUCAAUUUUCUUAUUUUUUCCAAGUACAUCCUUCAAGUAUCAGCGGCGGUGAAACGAUGAGUUCAAGAGAUAAAGUGGACAAAAGUAAACAAGUGCAAGCCACGGCGGGAAAAACAACAAGCAAAAGCAGCAAUGAUGCCAAGUCGAAUGUUACAAGCACCGCAAAAGAAACGAAAAGGGAAGAGAAAGAUUUAACGAAGAAAAAGAAUGAGGAAAGUGAGGACAACGACGAAGAGGAUGAUAAUGUAUGUACAUUGAACUUUGUUAUAAAAUCCAUUUUGUUUGUCCUCGAAAAUUACUACUCUGCUCACGAAUAUAAUUGUAUUGCUCAGAACGUCGAGGAGUAUUUUCAUGUUUUUCAGACCGACAUAAACGAUUCCCACGCAAAACUUGUUUGUACAUAUGCAAACUAGAUAUUAGUUAAAGUUUAGAUGUCUGGAAUAUUGGCGCGCACAGGGUUACCAUUAAACUCAUAACAUGUUAUACAUAUUCGAACAGGGCUAACGAAAGGAUUCAAACUAACCUUUUGCAUCGCUGGUGUAGAUUCACCAAGAAACAAAUCCACGAUAAGAAUAUCCCAAUCCGCUGCUUUACUGUGCUGCAAUGUUCUUGAAAUAUAAUAAAAAAUAUUUUAAAUUUUUAAUAGGCUGAUGAUACCGAAGAGGAUGAUGAUGAAGAAGAUGAUGAUGAUGAAGAAGAUGAUGAUGAAGAAGAUGAUGAUGAUGAUGAAGAAGAAGAAGAUACCAAAGCAGCUCAGAAAGGAACUAAAGCCAGUAAAACAGAUGAAAGCAAAAGCAAGGAUGCCAAAGAGAGUAAAGACACUAAAAGUACAUCAAAAGAUGUAGAGAAGGACAGUGAUGAUGAUGAUGAUGAUGAUGAUGAUGAUGAUGAUGAUGAUGAUGAUGAAGAAAAUAUCAAAGCAGCUCAGAAAGUAACUAAAACCAGCAAAACAGUUGAAAGCAAAGCCAAGGAUUCCAAAGAGAGUAAAGACACUAAAAAUACAUCAAAGGAUGUAGAGAAGGACAGUGAUGAUGAUGAUGAUGAUGAUGAUGAUGAUGAUGAUGAUGAUGAUGAUGAUGAUGAUGAUGACGAUGACGAUGACGAUGAUGAUGAUGAUGAUGAUGAUGAUGAUAAAGGAAAAACUAAAAAAACUUUGACCUCAAAAACCAUAGACGAUAGUGAUGGCGAUGAUGACGAUGAUACUGAGGAAGACGAUGGUGAUGACAGUGAUGGUACUCCAGCAACUAAAGGCACUAAAGCAAAGAAGGACGCCAGUGAAGUGGGAGAUACAGAUGAAGAAACGGAGAAUGAAGAUGAGGAAACGGAAGAUGAGGAAACGGAAAAAGAGGAAACAGAAAAAGAUGAGGACGCCGAGGUUUGUUUAUCAGUUUUUUGAUUAACCAUAAGCCACAAUCUAAACCGAAUCAGUUCUACAUGGUUAUUCAUUGAGAUUCAGUAAAAGCUCCGGCACUUAACCAAUUUCCCAUGCGUAAUACAAAAUGAAUGAAAAACGGCAAAUUUCGCAAGGCUAUAUUAUCCACAUUUUACAACAUUUCGCAACGAAACUUUGGAAUAUUACUAAUUUUGUGAUGCUCUUUCACGCUGUGAUGAAAUUAUUGUCUAGAUCAAAAUUUUAGUUAUAAGGGGAAAGGUCCAUUGUUCCUAUUCAAUUUGUUCUGUUUUCUAGGAGGAAGACAAGGAAAGUGACGAAGACGACGACGACGACGACGACGACGACGAUACGAGCGGUGAUGAAACAGCAAGCAGUAUUCCAAGUUUAAAUGAAGAUGAUUCUCGCAAAGGAAGUGACGACGAAAGUUUGAAUUCCUCACAACAACCAAUGUUGAGACUUAGCGCAAUGUCACAUAUCUCAGGUAAUAAUGAGCUUAUAUCGCUCUUGGAGCAAUGGAGCUAACGCAUAAAUAUGUUUAAAUAAUUUUUUUUUGAAUAAUAAUAAUCUUGAAUGGUCUUUGCUAGUGUAGGUAGACUGGCAAAAAUAAGAAAGCUUCAGAUUGAUAGGGAUACAACUACCUGAAAAAUACAAGGAGAACUUCGACAUUUCGAGCGAAGGCCCUUGUUAUUGUAAAACUGUUUAUGUGUGAUUAUUUUGACAUCAGAAAGAAAAUGUGAAAUGACAAACUUAAGCGGAAAAACUGCGAAGAAAACCUGAUUCUGCCGUUUGCUGUUGUCCUCAAACGUGAAGUUUUAACUCCCAGUUGAAUUAGUUGUACUAUUCGUCCUAGGUAUGUCAGAUUUACUACCAGUGAAGGUUGAACAGGAAGAAGAGACGAAAGAAGAUGACGAAAAUAAAGUGGAAGAAGUAGAAGAAGGGAAGCCGGAUGAAGAAAAUAAAGAAGUUGAUGAAAAGAAGGGUGAUGAAAAUGGCGAGGAAGUCAAUGACGAGGAAAUGGUAAGAAUCAAUAUAUCAAGAAUAAAAACAACUGAGAUUUACACAGUACAACUCAAGUUGUAAGCAAGUUGCAUGCGACAGCUUUAGACAAACGUUGUGUAGUCUAAAUCAGCCUUUAAACAAUUACGACAGAACUAAAUGAGCCGUACUCAGUAUAAUAGAAUCAAUUUAGGUUUCUGGCUGUAGUAACACUAGACCAAUUAGCUGAAUAAGGAUUGGCCCUGCUAUAGAACUAUCCAGCACAAGGAAAGUAAUAUUUUGUAUCAUUUUAGCCUCAAGAAGAAGUGAUUGAAAGUGAUCGUUCGUUCUCGCCAGUCGAAGUGAGUCUUUCGGAAUUCGACGACAAAGACAGCGAUGUUUUCAACGAACGAACAGUAACGGAGAGAGAACUGAGUUCGAGACAAGCUGAGUCGCCUAGCGACCGCGCAGAGAGCACGCUUUCUCACGUGACGGUGAGAGACAAGAUGCUGUUCAUCCGAGGCGCAUACGAGAACGAUGAAGGCGCAUUGACAAGCGAACCAGAAUUUAGGAAAACUCAAAAUGCCAAAUCGCGCGAAAUAAUGCGAAAAAAUAAACAUCGAAUUUGGUAUGAAAUACCAGAAACUUCUGACGAGGAAGGGGGACCUAAGAGCGCGAAAACACGCAAGAAAACGCUGGAAAAACGCCGCACGGAAUUGCGCGCACGUUCACGUAAGAAACGCAGCAGUGCAAGUGCAGCACGCAGCGCAAAUAAGAGUGCGACGCGGACACGUAAAACGAAACCGACACGCAAACGCGCACGAGCGCAAGCCACAAGCACGAGUAUCGUAUUGAUAGAACGCACAGAACAGACUUUUGAGGAGUGUAAUAGCAGCGGGGAGAGUAUAAGACCUCUCGAGAGUUCCAUGAGUAUACGCAUUGUCGAGGAUAGAUACGAUGUUUUUGAAGAUUUCUCAGACUCGAGGUCGACGGUGGAUCCAGACAGUUCAGGUGAGAGUGGAGGGAUAAGACGGAAACAGACGCCAGACCUUGAGAGCGAGGAAGAAGUGAAGCCAAAGAAACGACGUAAAACAAAGACGAAAAAUAAUAACAAAGAGAAAGAUAAGGAGGAUGUUAAGGAACGUGUCAAGGAAAAUGUCAAGGGAAAUGCAAAGGGUACAGGACAGAAGAAAACACAACAAGAGAAAGAAGAAGAGAUGUCGAAUAAAGAGGUAAAGGAGAACAAAAACAAAAAUCAAGUUUCUGAGUGCUUUCAGAUCGCAGGUUUUCGCAAGAUAUGAUCUUGGACGGUCAGUGUAAGACAGCUAGUUUAUAACAGCAUAUAGCUAUCCGUACAGAAAAAUCAGUUUAUAUAACCAAGUUUUUAUGUUCUUUACCGGACUGUGAGAACAGUUUAGGACAGAUAGAGCUAUACAGGAAAUUGAUUUUGUGUUUUCAGGAUGACAUAGUCGAAGUUAAACCUAAGAAGAAAAAGAAGAAACAAGAGGAUAAGGAGGUACAGGACGUGAACCAAGAGGAUAACGAAUUACACGAGAUAACAAAAGUGGAUAACGAAGUACACGAGAUGACAAAAGAGGAUAACGAAGUGCACGAGAUGACAAAAGAGAGUAAUGAAGUACUCGAUGACAAACCUGAUGAUGAGAACCAGAUAGAUAAAGAUGAACAUGGCGGGAACGAAAACGAACAUCCCACAAGAGAUAUGAGCGGAAACGAGGUAGGUUAUGGUUAAAAUUUGAUGUCUUACGGACGCCAAAUAUGCAAAUGAAAGAAACAAAUAACAUUGAGUGAAACCUGACUCUAAAACAACUUUCACCUAAAUGUGAAGUGUUUAAACAUAUGGUUCAGUGGUUAAGGUUCAUGUUUGCUUUAAGGGUCUUCGGUUUGCUUCUUUUAUCUGUAUACAAACUUAAACUGCUGUGCAUAUUGCAGGUGGACGAGCCCGAUAUCAAAGAUAGAGGUGAUAGCGGUAUAUCGCGAAGCACGCGCAGUUCAAGUACGCCUUCCCGUCAUGCAUCAUCAAAAUGGGCAUACCGCACUACAAACUUGCACCCAGGCUCAGAGACGGAGGGUUCAGAGCGGCCUUCGCCAGUGAGAAAGAGACCUAGUCUGAAGUUCAAACAAAUUCCUCCCAAGAAGAAGAGUAAAGAACUGCCUGUCCUACGAGGGAUUCCGAGGGUUAUACGAAGAGUAAAUACGGAGACGAUGCUUAUGGCUGGUAGGUAAUGCAAUGUGUUUUUAAAAGACAAUUAAGUAUCUAUCUUUCCCUAAUAGUAAAAUAAAUUGACUUCGCUCAAUGCUUUGCCAAAUUGCGAUUUUUAUUGUUCCGCGUAUUUUUCUGGCCACGUCCGCACUCCGCGUUUCCAACUUUCCUUAAUUCCAUGACCCGCUGCUAGUCACUAGUCACUAGUCUCCUCCGCGAUAAAAUUUAAAUUACCGCGGUUACCAUAGCAACGCCUAGCAACAAAUGCAGGUGACACGUGACGUAAGUCAACAGAUGUCAACAAGGCUACAAAUGUGGACGGUUUGAAGUUAUUUUCCUCUGAAAAUAAUGAAACGUUCUGCUUGAAAUGGUAGUAAAUGUCCCGUAAACUUUUAUGCGAUGAGUGUGGCGGUACAAGCGCAUCAAACGCCUGCGAAAUUUGGUGUGGAUACGGCACAGUUUGAGGAAAUAAUCGCGCCGAAAGACGAUCGUGUUUCUACACAGGCAUCUUCUAGCAAAAUGAAUAAAGGUUCGGAAACUGAAACACAAUCAAAUAAAGAAGGGAAUAAAAAAUCGCAAAAGAAAGACUCCAAGGAUCAUUCUUCUUCUGAAGAAGACAGCUAUGGCGAUGAUUUUGAGAGCGAUGCGGGCGAAAGUCCUCGGAAAUCUGUCUUGAAAAACACAGCUCGAAAUAGCCCGAGUCCAAGACGAUAUUCGAGCCGUAAUACUAGCCGCUCGCCUGAAACAACUCGUGCUAAAUCGCCGAGUAUUAUAUCACCUCGUUCAAGCAAAAAAGGGAAAAGAAGAAAACGAUUUAAGCCUUACGAAUCUCCUCGAAGUUUGAGUCCAGGUAUCUUGGUUACUAGUUUGUCUAAACAAAAAACAACGCAACCACUUCAAAGUGAAGGGAAAAGUUUACUAUACCUGUAUAACGCUGAAGGCUUUUAUUUAAUGCGCUAAUCUUUGCUGUACAAAAGUGAUUAGAGUUGUAGUGUAUUGUACAGUUAUAAUAGGUCGGAUUAAGCAUCAUCCAAUUACCAUUGCAUGAUUUUUGUAUUGUUUGUGUUUUAUUUGGAAAUUACUUGAAGCACACUAGGGAGGGCAACCAAUCCCUGUGAAUAACUUUUGAAAACCUUGGAAUGAUAGCUGAAUAACUGUGUAACAAAGCUGUAACAAUAAUUUUUCAACCAUGAAAGCAUUGAUCAGUAGGCUAUAUAUUAAUCUACAUAUUACAUAUUCCACUAAAAACAAGUCAUAUUGAGUCACUUGAGCGCAAUUUUAUUGUUUAAUUAAUAUGUUUGUACUAAUAUACAGAGUGUAUAAAAAAAAAACUGAACCCUUUCAAAUUCAAAUUGUAGUAAUUGUAUUGUAGUAAUUUGACAGCUCUAAUUGCCUUGAAUUAAUGGUUGGGUAAGAACACAAGGAAUACUGUAUUUCUUUUAAAUUUUCUAAUUUGUAUUUCUUUGAGUUUUGUCCCAUGAGUACAAGACCUAGUGUUCUUAUCCAACCAUUAAUUUAAAGCAAUUAGAGCUGUCAAAUUACUACAAUGAAAGGGUUCAGUUUUUUUUUUAAAGGAGGGCUCAGAUUGGAUUAUUUGGGCCAUCCUUGUUAGUUGAGUGUUACUAGAGGUGUUUGUUCAAUUAAAUAACCUGCAGUGUACAUAUUGACAUACUUUGUCUCAUGUGGUCUCAUCAGGAGGUUAGGGCCUUUGCUUAAAGUGUUGAAAUCUUAAAGACAUUUCUUACAUGCAAAAUUAUAAUCAGAAAACUAGAUAUUGCAAGAAUUGAACUCUUAAACUUGGGUGACAGGGAUGAAAGAAACAUGUAUAGUAAUGAUGUUACCACCACUACAAAUGUUUCUUAGGAAUUAGGACACUAUAUAAUUAUUCAACUGUGGAAUGCUAAUUAGUUGCUUAUUUUCAGCCACUUCCAGAAUGCCGCCUGAGAAGAAUUGGGGAAAGCCAAAGAACCGCUCGGCAAAUGUCAAAGCUUCCAGAAAUACCAGAAUAGACCACACGGUCGUGGACAGAGUGCUGUCGGCGAAUCGACACAAAGUGACAAAACUUGAAAGCAGACUGAGUCAACUUAUUAAAGAACUAACGAAGGAACGAGAAGAGAACAAAACGCUGCGACUUAUACAACACAGACAGGAAAAGAAAUUGGAAAAAGUUAUUGGGGAAGAAGCAGAGUUGCCACAGUUACUCGUGAAACAUACUGCGGAAGUUAAGAGCUUACGCGAGAGAAUACGCAAGCUGCAAGACACCUCGUAUAACAAAGAUGAGAAAAUAGGUGAACAGGAUAAGGCGAUAUUAAAAUUAAAAGAUAAAUGUAAGUAUUAUAGAGAACUAUGUGAAAAGGAAGAAUUGACAGAGAAAGCUGAUCUGGAGAAGAAUCUUUCAAAAGCAGAAGAAAACUUGAAGAAAAGAGAUGAAGAAAUUUCAGUAAGUUUUUGCCAUCAAAUUUUACUGGCAUUAUGUCAGAGUACUUUUAAAAAUAGAACAGUGACCUAACAGAUUCUUUUCUGUCAUUCAAUAACAAGAGGCAGAGAGACAAGCUAGUGCUUUUCUUAUAAAGUUGUGUUAUAUGCUUAUUACCUAAAAUUUAGAUAAUAUAUGCAUAUUGCCUAUAUAAAAUUGUCAUUUUCAACACAAAAAUUGACCUUAGUAGGGUGACUUUUAGUUAGUAAAGUGCAAACUAAGGGACGUCCCCACUGCUCCAAAUUCCUGGGGUGGGGGCGGGCGGUUCCCACACUUUCCUCAGACUAUAUAUUUAUAGAGAUUUUGUUCAUAAAAUAGACAUUUUAGUAUGCAGCAGCUGUAGCCACAAGAUUUAUACAGUAAUUUAAAUGUAACUAAAAAGGUAUGAAGAAACCAAUCUUACUUUGUUUUCUCACCAAAUUACUUUUUAGAAACUGCAGAGAAUGCUGAAUCUGAAAGAGAAAACUCAUUCAAGACACUUGAAGGAGCACAAGGUUGAACUACGGGCGGCCCAGCAAAGAUUGCAAUUAUUGGAGGAAAAUUGUAACAAUCUGCAAGGGAAGCUUCGGGUGUGUGUUUUAUUAAAAUACUUGUUUACAUUUAUUGGAAUUUUUUUAACCAGCAAUAUUUUAUCGUAGAGUACUACCUAUACUAAAAACCCAUAUUUAACACAUUUGUUUAGAAUAUGGUACAUAAAAGACAUAAAUUUCGAUUCAGAGUAUUUGGUCAGAAUUUUUCCCGCCAAUACUUACAGUUGCCAGAGCGGUGUUCAACUCUUGUUUACUUUGCAAUUUAUUGAUAAAAUUGUCUCAUGGUAAUCACUUUUAGACUCUUCUUAACCUUCAUAUCCUUUAAAAAUACCCAAAGAUAGUUUCUCUUCACAUAUUAAGCGCGUUUAUAGGCUUUAAAAUCCUCAUUUGUUGGACUUUAAAACUUCGAACAUUCAAAAUUUUUGAAUUUAUUGACUCAGCGCAUGCUCAGAACCAAACACCUUUAAUUUUAAAAGUAGCCAAAAACAGUUGCCAAAAACUACCAAAAUAGACCAAACUCAGAGGACCAAACUAUAUUUGUGUAAAAUCGGGCCGUGGUGGUUCUAUUUUUUUGUCGCAUGUGAAACCUUUACUGAUCUCUUACUUUUUCGUAGGUGAGAGAAAAACAACUGGACUACACCAACAUCUACCAACGACAAAUCGUUUUGAAGGAAAAAGGUCAGGUACCUCCGGAUUCCCCGCCUAAAAUAGCCGCCUUGCCUUCGCCUAAACGUACGAAACCGAAAGGCAAAAAUAACACAAACGCUAACCAAACGAAAGAAAAUAAAGCGAAAGAAACUAUUAAUAAUGCUGGCGGUAAGCACAAUGACGAUGAAUCUAGUAAAAAGCCUAAUUCUGUUUUCCUGACUGCACAAAGUGACAAGGAUAGUGGGUCGGAUAGAGAUAUUAAUAAAAACAAACAAAUGAAUGAUUUGUUGUCUAUUACGGAUGGGAAAAAUGGUAGCAAUGGCGCUAUGGUUAAUGGGAAUAAUGGAGUUUCUGAAGAUGAGUUGAACAACAGUGAAAGACGUCGAAGGGAAGAAUUUGAAAGGAAUUUGAGAGAAGAAGAUGAAAGAUUGAAAAAAGAGAAAGGAGAAAUGGAGCGAAGGUUGAAGGAGAUCCAGGAAAGAGAGGAACGCGAGAAAACGGAAAGAGAAGCGAAAUGGCGCGAGGACUCGGCCAGAAGGGCCAGGGAAGCUGAGGAGAGACAAUUGGCGUCUGCCAGGAGGCGGGAGGAGGAGAGGCGGAAAGAGGAGGAACGGAUAGCGGAGGACAGAAGACGGGAGGACGACAAAAGACGGGAGGACGACAGAAAACGGGAGGAGGAACGGAGGGAGAAGGAGAAGAAAGCAUUUCAGAAAGACGACAGCUUUUUCGAAGAUGAAGAAUCACGACGGAAGAAAGACGCUCUACUCGCCAGGUAUUCUAUUUAUUUAUUUAUUUAUUUACUUUUCCACUUAUGGGGACACACCGGAAACUACUAGAGUAGGUACGCGUCAAUGUGUUUUUGUUCACAACAUGUUCGAGUGCUCAAUAUGAUAUAGAGAAACUGUAGCUUUCUUCAGAGUUGCCAUGACCUACAGCCUGUUCACCUUUUACUUUAAAGAACUUCUAGCAUACCAUAAGCAUAAUAAAGAUUUCUUCAUAUCAUACACAAGUAAAAAGAAAGGGUAUUUCACAAGUUCCAAGCAGAUUAUAAGUUAUUAGUUGAAUAAGAUUACUUAUAAACGACAAGAGAUGUCUUUAACAUUGAUUUUAAUUCCUCUCAUAGAUUAAAAGCCAUGGACAGCGACAAAGCAUCGGACGAAGACCCGCAAAAGUUUGAAAACAAAAAAUCUCCCAGAGGUGACGAUUUCUGGAAACCUCAGGCGUCGAAGAGUUACGAGGCGAGAAAAGCAGAUCAGAACCUACACAACGGUCUACCUGCAAUACCUCGAGAAAAUAAAGUCAUCUCACCCACCGAGUCUGUGAAGAGCGACCCGGAUGGCGUGUUUGGAGUACCUCGCCACAAACCGGCUUUACUUGGUCGAGGUGGUUUGACCAAGAAGAAAGAUAACCAGUUUAGCUGGUUGGAUGACAAUAAAAAACCUGCUGCAAACAAGAACAAGGCAAAACCUGAUGAUGGUUUUAAUUUUGGUGACUAUUCACCAAGCGUGAACGAUAAUAAGAAAAAGUCCGAUGACAUUUUUGAUAUGGGGCUAUCACGAAGGGCGGGACAGGGACGCCGCCGUGAAGCCGGGUUGGGGGAUAACGGAUUUAACUUUGGAGAGAGGCGGGGAAGUGGGGGUAUUGAGAAAACGAAACCUCAGAACAAUUCCCUCGGGUUUUUAUCCGAUGAUUUUGGGAGCAAAAGAGGCGGAGAACAAUCUAGUGGAGGUCCGGGGAAUAAGUUGGACCCAUUGCUGCCUCGGAGGCGAGCAACACAAGAGAGAAACGGUCCCACGGCCAUUUCAAGCGCAUUCGACGAUGAUUUGGAUAUUGAGGAAUUUACUUUGUAAUUUAAAUAUUAUUAAUAUUGUACAGCUAUAUUCAACAGGUGGGUUUCACUAAGGGUGACAUGCUGUUCAACUGUAAGUAAAGACAGUUAAUUAGAGUGACUGAAUUGUUUGCUUAUGUCGAUAUCAGCCAUGCAGUGAGGAGUCUAUCACUUUUUCACUAGCGCUUGAUCGUGGGGGUGGGGUUACCUAGCCAGAGCGCCACAUCUGACCGCACAGUCCAGUUUUACCUCCAUGCUACUCAUACGCUCAGUUGGCGAAGAAUCAAACCUGUGACCUUUAGAUCUGCAAAUGAAUAUGCUGCGCCAUGUAUUGGUACUGUAUGACAAAUACAUGUUAUAGAAGCAUUUAGCAUCAUUUGCUAGCUAACAUAGUUUUGUUUUGAACACCAUGUGUCGCAGAAUAUAAAAUCCUUAAUGGAACCUACCUAAAUAAGGCUAAGUUGACUUACAUUAAGUGAAUUUAACUUUAACAGUUGUAUUUUAAUAAUAUAUAUCAUAUUUAGUCGUCUUUUAUAUCUUCGUAUGUUUUCAUGCACCAAAUAAAAAGCACAUUGAAUGUAUACUUUAAUGGUUGCAGUGCAUUUAAA